GUGGUGUUGUUGUUGAGGCGCUAUGGUUUGUCAGCGCGGCCUCGAUAUUUUCUUGUGAGUUUUUGUCGUUUUCUGUGGAUUUGAUGUUCCGCGCCGCCGAGAUCAAGAGCUUCGGUAAAGCAGGAACCGGCUGGCACUUUCGGCGGACGAUGGACGAGCUGGUCCAUGACCUGGUGUCAGCUUUGGAGGAGAGCUCUGAACAAGCCCGUGGAGGGUUUGGAGACGGAGGAGAUCAUGCACUUGCCGUCGGUUGCCUGCUUAAGCGCCAGGCCCGCAAGCGCCGUGGCCGGAAACGUCGUUCUGACAACCCUCACCCACCCUGGGACACCUGCCACCUAAGCGAAGGCUCCGAAUCCAGCCUGGAGGAGCAGAAAGACUACCGUUCCUCCACGGCAGCAGGGGGCGCUAACACCCGCGACAAUAACAGUGACUCUGACGAGCAGCUGGGCGCGAAACGCCGAACGCCUCUCACUGCUGACUCCGGCCGGGGGAAAAGACCACUUUGGCUGGACGAUCUGAGCGGAGCCGAUGUAUUGGGCACCCGCAGUUUGCGGAGACGCCGGAAAGUCAAGCGCAUGGCUGUGGAUCCACCACUAGAUGUCACUGCAAUGCUCGCACCGCCAGCUAAAGCGCCGGCAGUAGGGGGCAGCAGAGAGACAGCGUUCAGUCCGGAGGCCAAAGUGAGCGACGCCAACAAGAACAGGGUGAAGAAGAGGAAGUUUACAGUGCAGAGACUCACUCAGGACGUGGCGGAUGAAGGAGUGGUGGUGGAGAGUGAAGAAGCGGGACACUCGCUCAAAGAUAAGAUGGACUUUGAGGAGCAGAAAGGCUCAGAUGAGGAGAUGAGUGACAGGUGCGAGACGAGCAGUGUGAGUAACAGCAGUGACGGAGGUCUGUACACCAAUGAUGAGGGAAGGCAAGGAGACGAUGAGCAGAGCGACUGGUUUUACGAGGGUGAGCCGGGCGGCGCUUGUGGCAUCGCCGGUGUUGUGCCCUGGUGGGAGAGGGACUCCAAUGAACUGGACCUCAAUGACCCCGUAUUUAACAGCAUCCUGACCGGAGCCUUUCCAUUAAUGUCACAGGGAGCCCAAAGAGGGUUUCAAGCACGACUCGCACGACAGACCUGUCUUGAACAGUCACAAGGAAGCUCUCAAGGAAUUUCCGAUAGAUUACCCAGACUAUCCCAGGAUCCUCAUGAGUCGUGGUUCAGUUCUGGUGCCAGAAGAGACCAAUUGCUUUGGGAUUCACGCAGUGACAGAAGCCACAGGAAAAGCUGCUCUUUAAAAACUGCGAGCAGGCAAACAAGUGGUCAUCUUGGCUCUUUGUGUACUGGAGAUAUAAAGAGACGACGAAAAGCUGCGCCUGUGGGAGCACAGUCAUCAUCAGGUGUGGUUGGCGAAAGCGCUGCUCCUCUACCCGACUCAAAUGUGGGCAACCGGAUGCUGCAGAGUAUGGGCUGGACCCCGGGGACCGGCUUGGGCCCCGAAGGCAGAGGCAUCACAGAGCCGAUCCGAGCAUCUCAGAGGCCGAAAGGAGCCGGACUGGGCUUUAACUGAACUCUGACUGAACAGAAACUGCGAUCCGAUCUGUUUAUCCUCCCCGUCAACAGAGGGCAGCACUGAGGCGAUAGAGAAGCAGAUGUAGGAAAAGAUGACGGGACGGUAUCAAACAAACUCCAGAGCUGCCUCACUGCCGACACACAUUUCAUCACCACCGUUAACAAAGAUAAUGAGUAUAUUUCUCCCAACAAUUCAAUUUCGUAAUCAGAAUUUGUACGAAAUUCAGAUUUAAAUAGGACGAAUUUAAAUCGUAAGGAAAACUAAACGCUUUACAAUAGGACACAUGGUUAAUUGGUUUACUAACAGCUACGAACAACAAACAAUACAUUUAUGAUAUUUUUGUUAAUGCUAGGUAACGGAAAUAUGAUUAUCCAUUGUUAGUUCUUGUUAACUGCAUUAUCUAAUGUUAACAAGCACAACUUUGGGUUUUAAUAAUGCACUAGUAAAUGUUGAACUACGAUUAAUAAACGCAAGUAUUGUUUAUAGUUUUUAACUUUAGCUAAGUGUCUUGUGUUGUAAAGUGUGAGUUAAAAAGUUAAAAGAAAAUCAUGGUGGGUUUUUAGCACCGUUAAAAUGUUGUGGUUUUGUUGGUAAUACGUUAGAAUAAUGGUCCAUCACUUAAUGUUAGUUAAUGCAUUUAUUAACGUUAAGUAUGAAUAAUAUUGUAAAACAUUUAGUUCAACAUUUGCUAAUGCAUUAAUAACAUCCAAAGAUGUGCUUGUUAACAUUAGCUAAUGCACUGUAAGUUAACAUACUAACAUGAAUUUACUUUAAUAACAUUAACUAACGUUAACAAACAUGAAUAAAUACCAUAAUAAAUGUGUUAUUUAUAGUUUGUUCAUGUUUGUAAACACAUGAACUAACAUUAACUGAUGGACCGUUAUUUUAAAGUGUUAGCGUUGUGUUUUUUUGUGACAUUUUCAUGCUAAUUAAGCACAUUUUUUUGGAAAAUGAAUUAUUUAUAUUCAAUACACUUUUUUCACAUUACUGUAAUGAUAAUUUGAGGUGUAAAAGUGUUUAAUUGUCAUGAAAAUGCUGCAACAAAAACUAUUCUGAAAAUAGGCUUUAUUUUGUGGUCACACUUUACAAUAAAGUUUCAUUAGUUCAUGGAUUUACUAACAUGAAAAAAUAAUGAGUGAACGAAGCAUUUAUUAAUUAUACUUCAACAUUUAAUAAUGCAUUAUUAAAACCCAAAGUUGUGCUUGUUAACAUUAGCUAAUGCACUGUAAGUUAUCAUGUACUAAUGCGAAUUAACUUUAAUAACAUUAACUAACGUUAACAAACAUGAAUAAAUUCCAUAAUAAAUGUGUUAUUUAUAGUUUGUUCAUGUUUGUAAAUACAUGAACUAACAUUAACUAAUGGACCGUUAUUUUAAAGUGUUAGCGUUGUGUUUUUUGUGACAUUUUCAUGCUAAUUAAGCACAUUUUUUGGGAAAAUGAAUUAUUUAUAUUCAAUACACUUAUUUUUUACAUUACUGUAAUGAUAAUGUGAGAAAUAAAAGUGUUUAAUUGUCAUGAAAAUGCUGCAACAAAAACUAUUCUGAAAAUAGGCUUUAUUUUGUGGUCACACUUUACAAUAAAGUUUCAUUAGUUAAUCUGUUUACUAACAUGAACUAAGAAUGAAUGAACUAAGCAUUUAUUAAUCAUACUUCAACAUUUACUAAUGCAUUAUUAAAACCCAAAGAUGUGCUUGUUAACAUUAGCUAAUGCACUGUAAGUUAACAUAUUAACGUGAAUUAACUUUAAUAACAUUAACUAACGUUAACAAACAUGAAUAAAUACCAUAAUAAAUGUAUUAUUUAUGGUUUGUUCCUGUUUGUAAAUACCUGAACUAACAUUAACUGAUGGACCGUUAUUUUAAAGUGUUAGCGUUGUUUCUCGUCACAUUUUCAUGCUAAUUAAGCACGUUUUUAAACACGUUUUUUGAAAAUGAAUUAUUUAUAUUCAAUAGACUUUUCACAUUAAUGUAAUGAUAAUUUGAGAUAUAAAAGUGUUUAAUUGUCAUGAAAAUGCUGCAACAAAACAAAUGUUGAAAAUAGGCUUUAUUUUGUGGUCACACUUUACAAUAAAGUUUCAUUAGUUCAUCUGUUUACUAACAUGAACUAAGAAUGAAUGAACGAAGCGUUUAUUAAUCAUACUUUAACAUUUGCUAAUGCAUUAUUAAAACCCAAAGAUGUGCUUGUUAACAUUAGCUAAUGCACUGUAAGUUAACAUACUAACGUGAAUUAACUUUAAUAACAUUAACUAACGUUAACAAACAUGAAUAAAUACCGUGGUAAAUGCAUUAUUUAUAGUUUGUCCUGUUUGUAAAUACAUGAACUAACAUUAACUGAUGGACCGUUAUUUUAAAGUGUUAGCGUUUAGUUUGACAUUUUUAUGUUAAUUAAGCACAUUUUUGAACACAUUUUUUGAAAAUGAAUUAUUUAUAUUCAAUAGACUUUUUCACAUUAAUGUAAUGAUAAUUUGAGAUAUAAAAGUGUUUAAUUGUCAUGAAAAUGCUGCAACAAAACAAAUGAUGAAAAUAGGCUUCAUUUUGUGGUCACACUUUACAAUAAAGUUUCAUUAGUUAAUGGAUUUACUAACUUGAACAAAUAAUGAAUAACCUAAGCAUUUAUUAAUUAUACUUCAACAUUUAUUAAUGCAUUAUUAAAACCCAAAGAUGUGCUUGUUAACAUUAGCUAAUGCACUAUAAGUUAAUGUACUAAUGUUAAUUACGUUAACAAACAUGAAUAAAUACCAUAGUAAAUGUAUUAUUUAGAGUUUGUUUAUGUUAGUAAAUACAUGAACUAACAGGAACUAAUGGGCCGUUAUUUUAACGUGUUAGCGUUUGGACAUUUUCAUGUUAAUUAAGCACGUUUUUAAAUAAGUUUUUGAAAAUUAAUUAAUUUGUGCACUUUUUUCACAUUACUAUAAUACGGAUUUAGGAUAUAAAAGUGUUUAAUUGUCAUGUAAAUGCUGCAACACAAACCUAUUUGGAUUUUGACUUGUUUUGGGCACACUUUACAAUAAGGUUUCAUUAGUUAAUCUAUUUACUAAUAUGAACUAAUAACUAACAUUAUACAUGUACAGCAUUAUUAAUCACACUUCAACAUGUAUUAACACAUUAUUAAAGCCCAAAGUUGUGCUUGUUAACAUUAGUUAAUGCGCUCGGAGUUAACAUGAACUAACAAUGGCUUUUUUAUUAACUAAUGUUAACAAAGAUGAAUAAAUACUGUAAUAAAUGUAUUAUUCAGAGUUUCUUCAUGUUAGUAAAUGCAGUAACCAACAGAACUCUAUUGUAAAAUGUUACUCUUAUACUUUUCGAUAUACAGUAGUCAACAUUUGAAGUGCUUCAUCAAAGUUGUCCUAAAACUAAAGAACAGCACCCUUUAUUUACUCAGUAGGGUGUUAAACCGACAUCAAAACCUCAGCGGAAAUUUGAUAAAUGUUUUGGGGUUUUUUGUUGUUGAAUUUUAUGAUUAUUUUUAUGAAAAAUGCUUUUUAAAAUAUUUCCACCUAUGAAGACCGAUACAUGUUUUAGCGGAUUAGAUCAGUCCAAAUGACUCUCUCCCUUUAUCACUUGAUAUUUGUUUAUCAGACGUCACUCAUGAUAGAAAUGACUCUCUCCCUUUAUCACUUGAUAUUUGUUUAUCAGACGUCACUCAUGAUAGAAAUGACUCUCUCCCUUUAUCAUUUGAUAUUGGUUUAUCAGACGUCACUCAUGAUAGAAAUGACUCUCUCCCUUUAUCAUUUGAUAUUUGUUUAUCAGACGUCACUCAUAGACUUUUUUUGUACCAUUUUAAGUACUUUUUUUUUUAUUAUUCUGUUUGAAUUUUGUCCAAAAAUCUUGAAUGUCAGCACCUCAGCCAUUUACACUCUCACAAAAACAAUCCUACGUCUAUGAAAAGCUGAACAGAUUUAUUAUUUACAUGACUGAACACACUUGUGUUUUAAUAAUGCCUAUAUAUACGAAGGUUUGAGGUCCAUCCUGUUUAUUUCCAGCGUGUAUGAUUUGAAAUUCAGCGAAAUGCUCGCGUUUCUGAGCAGAGUUUAAGUAAUGAAUAGGAUUAAUUGACUGAAUUGGCUUAGUUCAGGUGGAAUUAACUAUUCGAGGAGGCGGCACACACACACACACUUACUACUGACGACUGUCGUUUCUGACCGUCACGAGGUAAAGAAGAUUACACCAUUGUUGGAUAAACACUUCAAUGCCUCUUACCAACAAUCGCUGAUGAUUGGAGAUGCUAUUAUCUCAGCAGAGCGCCGCUGAGACGGGAAGAGAACAUGACAUCACUUCCUUUCUGGUGUUUUUUUGGGAACAUGCUGUAUUUUUAAUCAUGUUUGCACUCCAAAGGAAUCGCUAUGUUGACAUGAACGAGGAGUGUGUCAUGUUCGUCACAUUUUGUGAUCUGUAAACACGCCAAACAUGCCACAUUUGUUUAAUUCUGUUCGUAUUUUUGGUCAAUGUGCGAGCUUUGAGGAGCAGGGAUGAAAUGGUCUCUGUGUGUGCUAAUGUUCAUAUACUGUAGAUCAGUAUUAAAGCAUUCCCUGCUCAAGGAUGAA